AUGAGCGCGGCUACAAUGGGCCCAGAACAAGAACCUGUCGCAGAGGUUCCGUCCGCUCAAGUGGAAAUUGACAACCGAUCCGACAACACAACGGACGAUGACCUUUCUCCCUCUGUCACUGCUCCUCCGUCUUUUACUUCGGUACCGUCCCUUCGGCCGGACCGAGAUAUGACAUCGGGAAUAAGUGCUUCGUCGACUCAUUUGGGCCAAAUCAAUGCGGCUCGGCAUGGUGCAGGGACGCCGACACGGCCACACGCCUCCAUGAGUGGCGCGCAGCCAGGAGGUUUGAAUCAGGACAUCCUGGCCAAGAUGAAGGCCUUCUCCCUCUCCAGACAGGGUGCUCCCCCGCAUUUACCUCAUGCUGUCUCCACCGGAACAAUCCCUUCGGCUCGGUCAAGCGUUUCCAGUUCGCCAAGUCCGAUAGCAGGGCCGUCGCCUCCGAUGGGAGGUGCACUUGCCGGGCGCCUUCCCCCGACCGCACGCCCUCAUGGUAAAAACUGGGCAUCUUCGCCCUCGGUGGCGGGAGUUUCUGCAGGUUCUCAUUCACCUUCGCCGAAAACCGGCGGCCUGGCCGCAAAGAGAAUGAAGCCAGGGUUAAAACUGUCAGAUGCCACUGGCCCUGCGACUAGGUCUGGUGCCAGUUCGCCUGGCGACGGAUCUUCGGACGCAUCUGGAGGGUCGGCAUUCAGCAAAUAUUCGGAGUAUAUUGACACGAAGGCGGGAACUCUGAAUUUCAAGAACAAGGCGAUUCUGCACGGUGGCGGCGUCGAAUUCUCGUCCGGACAUAGUUUCAGCAUCUCGUUAGAUGAGGUUGAGCGACUGGAUGAGUUAGGUAAGGGUAACUACGGAACGGUCUACAAAGUUCGACAUAGCCGGCCCCAAAUGCGCAAACCCGGUAUGGGGCUUCGCGGCAUCAUUAGUCGCCCGACUGAGAACUCGACGCCGGAUAGCACUUCUGCGGCUAAGCCCCAGGACAAUCUUUCCGGUUACAUUAUGGCGAUGAAGGAGAUUCGCUUGGAGCUGGAUGAGAACAAGUUCGCCCAGAUCAUCAUGGAGUUGGAUAUUUUGCACCGUUGCGUGUCGCCAUUCAUUAUCGACUUCUACGGCGCUUUCUUCCAGGAGGGUGCGGUCUAUAUGUGUGUGGAAUAUAUGGACGGAGGCUCUAUUGAUAAACUCUACAAGGACGGCGUGCCCGAAAACAUUCUUCGAAAGGUCGCAUUAUCCACCGUCAUGGGAUUGAAGACUCUCAAAGACGAUCAUAACAUCAUUCAUCGGGACGUGAAGCCUACUAAUAUUCUAGUCAACUCUCGAGGUCAAAUCAAGAUCUGCGAUUUCGGCGUGAGCGGCAAUUUGGUCGCAAGUAUCGCGAAGACAAAUAUCGGCUGCCAGAGUUACAUGGCACCUGAACGUAUUGCAGGAGGUGGCGUGCAGCAGUCCGGCGCGACUGGUGGUGGAACCUAUAGUGUGCAGAGUGACAUCUGGAGUUUGGGCCUGACCAUUAUCGAAUGCGCUAUCGGUCGCUAUCCAUAUCCUCCAGAAACUUUUAACAACAUUUUCAGCCAGUUGCAUGCUAUCGUGCAUGGGGAUCCGCCAACAUUACCAGAGCAAGGAUACUCGGAAGAGGCGCAUGCAUUCGUCCGCGCUUGCUUGGAUAAAAAUCCCAGUAAGCGCCCUUCGUAUAGUACGUUGCUCAGACAUCCAUGGCUUGCUCCCUUGAUGCAACCCCCGACGGAGUCGAAUGGUACCGAUGCAACAUCCGCCGCUUCGUCUGACGGCCAACCUGGCGGGCCCGAUGCGAGUACUGCGACCGAGGAUGAGGAAGUGGCGGAAUGGGUCAAGGAGCGAAUCGAACGUCACCAACGUGGACAGCUACAAGAGUCAGAGAAACCUGCAUUGCAUGCCGUUGCUCUGGAUGCAGUGCCCGGUAGCCCUCUGCUUGAUGAUCCCUCCUCGCUACCAUCAGCUUCUUAG